UCGAUGUGAACAGAUCGCAGAUAGAGAGGAAGUGCUCGCGAGGUCUCCUCGUCCAGUUGAAGUAGAGCCAGAUUGGAAUAGUCAGUGAGUGUCUGAGAAUAGGUGAAAAUUGUGGAUUUGGGCAUAUUUUAGAAAGUUUGCUUGUUGUUGGUCUGCUAACCAGUUUUUAAAUACCUGGCGAAGUCACGUCGAAGGGAAACCUUUACCAUAAGUGUAGUUUUUAAUCAUCUCAACUAGAGGAGAGAACAGAAAUUCUUGAAUUUCUAAUUGUGUUAAUAUUGAAUGUGAUUAUGAAAAUUGCGGAUAAAAUAAAAUUGUCUACGUAAUUUGAUGUUCAAACAGAAGAAAAAUCGCAAACCGCAGUCACGUAGAGCUCGAUAGUCUAAAUGUGAAAAAAGGCAAACACUCAGCAGAUCUAGUCGAUUCAGUGAAUGUUUCUUUGUUCGCAAUAAUCCGACAGCGCGACACCUCACAAAUACAUACGCACUUGUUACGAGGUUUGGAAAGUGUUUCCUACAGAUUUUGCAUCACGUAAAGUUGUGCUGUGGAAAUAUUGCACAAACCGAAGGAGAAGAGCGCCUGGUGUGACCGUAACCGUUGACGCACACAGGUCACGUUCACUCGCCCGGACUCGCAUACAUGUGAAGUGUGAGCAGUGUAGUGACAUACAGAACAAAGAGACCACUAGCGUCGAAAGCGAAAACAGAGCUUGGUUGGUUCCUGAAAAGCUGCAGUGCUCAAAGGGAGAUAUUUCCUCCGAACACGUACAAUUUCUGUGAUAGUGAUUUCUGCAAUCAAAGCAAGAAACCGCUGGAGAGAAUCCGCGAAUGGUCGAUUAUCUACAACCCAAUGCCAACCGGUUACAUGCAGUUGAGGAGACAUUUAGGAAGAAGCUCUACUUGUGUUUGCCGAAAGCAAAGUGCAUCAAUUCAUGGUGAACAAAGAUAUUAAAGUGUAGGAAAAAAUAUAUCAUCAGUGAAGUGAAACAAAGUCUUGCAUUCGAUUAUGUUGUGUACCCUGCAUUUUUUCUUUUAGUAUCGAGAUAUUUUUAUAAUAAAAUAAUAUCAAAACGAGAAAAAUUUCACUAAAAGGAAAAGUAAUCAUAAACUGAAGCAGUAUAAUUGAUGAUACAAAGUAAAUAUAGUUUAUAUUUAAAAAAUUAAUAAUAAAGUGUGAUAAUAGUUUUAAAGAACAAAUCGUAACAGAAACCCAUUUAGCUGACACAGAAACAGCAGAGUGUGUGCCCAACGUGAGAAAAGAAUAGAGUGAAACCAAGUCUACGAUGACGAACUCGCACAACAGAAGUGGCCGCAAUGGCAACAAUGCUGAACGGUAUUUCAUCAAUCACAGUCCCCAGCAGUGGACAGGUGGAAGUGGUAAGCGAAACAACGCUACUGGUAACAAUGGUGGCAGCGGUAACCGAGGACAAAAGUCACCGAGCUCAACUUACUUUAGGAGUAUUUCUACAUCGAACGCUAUUCCGAUAGUAAAGUCCACGUCACCAAUCGGUAGUAAGAGUACCAAUCACUACAGCACCAGUUCGCCUAGUGGACGUUCUCAUAGCUUUAAUUUUAAUGCCGGCUAUCAGCGUUCAAGUCCUGGUGGUAAUAGUUUCAAUGCUUCUCUCGGAUCGUACCCAGGCACUUUACCGGGGUCACCACCAAACUUUUCUCAUUUCGCUGGUAGCAAGUGCUACGAUGCACCAGCACCCACCGCUUUGCCAAAACCACCAGUACAUUGGACCUCGUCGUCAGCAGCACCAUCCAUCUCAACGGUAGCAUCAGCUUUAAAUACUUCGAAGACAUCCACUAGUAAGCCAACGUCAGCGUCCGUCAUCACCGCUAGGAAUGUCAGUGGUAAGACACCGUCGACGGCGUCCUCGUCGUCACCUAGGGUCAAAGCAAAGUCAGUGAAACCAGCAAUGUCCUGCGCUGCGGCUGCGGCCAAAGCCAACCGAAAUGUUGAUUUCACAAACAACCUCAAAACGAUCCUAAAUGUGCAAGCUUAACCAAUUCAAGUGUCCAAAGACGAACCUGAUGAGCUAACUGGUUUAGUGCUGCCAAGAUCGCUUGUUUCGAAAACCGUCAUCCUUUUAGAACAAAAAACAAACAAACCAAAGCAGAUUAAUAUUGUACUGAACACGUAAAACAAAAACGAGAAAAAAUACGAAAAGACAGUUGUAAGUGGUCUAAUGGAAAAUCUGCGGUAGGUUCACGAAAACAAAAUCGUCAGGCCUGGGCCACACAAAGACAACCAAUCAAAACCACCAACAGUGUAUAUUUGUAUACAAGCUACUAAAUUAUAUCACCUUUGCUUAAUAAUACAACGAUCGAAAGCAGCCAGUGAAGUGGAACGAGUAAAGUGAGUUCAACCAUAUGUACUAAAAACAUUGAUUGUCAAUUCUAGUUAUGUAUCAUCGUUUUUAAUGUUGUAUUUUUAAUUUGAAGCGUGACACUUUCUGGUCAAAUUGGUCGGCCAUUGCAAAUGAUUAUCCUAAAUUUAUUUUUCCGCUGUCCCGUUCUUCUGACGUUUUUACAGCAACAGCUAGUAGACCAUACGUCAAAACAAUUCAUUCCACUGAAAAGUAUUUCGUAAAGUUCCUUUCAAACAUUUCAUUCAAUCACUGGUAACACAUUCAAUCGCCCUCAUUAAAACUAUUUCGAUUAGAAGAGACAAAAUCAGUGCGGUAAAAUAGUCAUAACACGGGACGGCCAUAUUGUUACUUUUGCAUUAUUUACAUACAUAUAGUCAUAUUUCUUGUUUUCAAUUUUAUAUUUUGUGUACACUUAACCGUGUGUAACGACACCUCACUGAGUAUAGAUUGAGUUGAGGUUCGAUCUAUUGAGAGGCGAUAAUUGAAACAAUUAAAAAGGUACGAUAUACUAAAGACCAAACACGCUAUGUGUAUGUGUGAAGGCUCAAUCUAAUGCGCAAAUAGAAACUCUCUCGAAUACAUUCAAAAUCGAACAAAAAAUCUUAUAGUGUAGUUUUCAUAUUUCAAUCGCGGAGAAGUUAUUCCAUUCAGACACCAUUGACAGACACUGAAAGUCAAAUUGUAAAAAGUAGAUUCGCUAUUCCAAAUUUGAAAUAAAAACUCUAAUUGCGCAUCAGUUUUGGCAUUCAUCAAGAAAGCGAACACGCGCGUGCUUUUAAUAAACUGCGCAGUUUGCGGUAGUGUAAAGAUACACGAGAUAUAAAACAAAUACAGUACAAAAUCGAACUAUUAAAUGUAUGUUUUACAAUAAUAGCAAGCAAAGCAAAUCAAACACUGACGGUUGAAAAAAAGGAGAAAAUACAUGUAAAACAACACACUGGUGUGAAAUAAUGGAAAGUAAAGCAGUGAUAGCGUAAAUAUGAUUAGCAAACGGGGGUAAAAGAGAUGCAGAAGUGCAUAUGAUUGUGUGUGUGAGACAAUAUUAUAAAAAAAAACAAACGAGAAUCGAAAGACUUAUCACUACUGAUAACGAGAUACAUUAUUCAGCAACAUUGGAAGCAUACGAUGAGGGUGUUGAAAGCUGCCAAACGUUGUUAUUCGUGGACAAGCUUUCGCGUUUACUCGGCCGAAACUGGACUCCGGUAUAUCACAGGAGAGCUAGUUUACGGACAAAUCCAACAUGCGACAUGGGCCAUUUCUCAGGGGGGGGCAAAGUUUGAAAACUUUGCCGACCAAAUGAUUUCCCUUUUUCAGUUUUGACUGUUCGUUUCACCGUUUAAGUGCAUUUAUAAAUCCUGUUUUUAUUUUCGACAAUUUUGGACAAUUAGGUAUCUUGUAAAUAGCACAAGUUUUAAAUCCCAGAAAAAAAUAUCGUAGAGGAGAGUGUGCCUUCUAGUAUUUUUUUUACAAAAUGGAGAGUAGACAAAUACCCUACAUCAGCUCGAAUAAGUAAGCUGACAAACAUCAUAUGUUACUCCGCCCGUCUAUUUACGCGUCGUUUCACUGACAGAAGCCACGAUCCGGGUCCUGGUUUGAUCACGAUCGCCUCAUAUCUGCUAGUGAGCUAUGCAAUGACGUAUGUUCUGUUACUUUCUGUUGCCCCUUAAUUACAGAACGUUUCGGUGCAUGAAAAAUAAAUUAUAGACCACAGUGUCUGAAAAUUGUUAGGAAUUGAUUAAAAGUUUCGAUCUAAUCUAAAAAAAAAGAUAAUGCAGCCCAGUGCAAUAAUGCUAAUUCGGAAUGAUGUGUAUAAAAUUGAUGGUCUCACUGUUUACAAAGCACCUUCGAUUACACUGUACUAUCUGUCUCGGUUGAUUCUUUCGUUUCAAAACAACAAAAUAACAAUCAUUUUAAGUCAUACUAUCUUUCAUUCUUCUAUGUUUUUUUUGUUGAAAACAAAAAGUCAAUACUUGCAAUCUAGUUUCUACGUGUAUCUAUAUAUUAGAUAUUUCUGACCGUUUUUUUUAUAAAUAACAAUACUGCAAAUAUUAUUUUUUUGAUCUCAUAACCCCAUCCUUUUUUAAUUUAUCUUUUUAAUGUCUUCAGCGAAAGCAAGAUUUAUCUUGAACAUGUUUACUGACCAGAAAUAUACAAUCACAGGUUUCGAUGCGUACUACUAGGCAAUUAUAAUAUAUCAAUUUAGUUGUCCCAUAGUAUCUAGAAUAUAGCAUGCAAAAAAUCUUCAUGAAAUCGUACCUUGCUACCGUAAAGAUUUUCCAAUUUCUGGGUCCAUUAGCAACUGUUCAACAAAUAAUGCAUAAUGUUAUUGGACUUGGUAGUCAUUCCUGAUUUCAAUAAUGAAAUGGUAAGCAGCUUGCGGUUUCAGGAACGAUUUUUGGAACAAAGCUUCGUUUCAAAUAAAAGUAACGCACAUAACGAUUUGUCGUUUAGAAAAGUCAUCCCUCUCUUAUGUUGAUCAUAUUUUCAUCGUUAUGAUUGUUGUAUUUACCUAAUUCGGUUUGAAUUGUAUGGAAAACUGUGUUUGGAUGUUAAAAUUCGGUGAAACGUGUAAAUUUAAUUUCUUGCGGCAGUGUGAAGACAAUCAUCAUAAAAUAAUAUUUUUAAUCUAUUUUCGACACUCAAUUGUCAAACUCAUAAUCAUCAAAAUUGAUAUACCGUUAAAAAAACAGCAGAUGAAAUGAAAUACACACAUAUUGUAUAGCGAUUAAGUAACAUUUAAAACAAAUUCAAACAUAUUUGAACACUUCGACGUAAAAUCGUGGACAUUAUCAGAUGUUGAACAAGUAAAUCAGCUAAAUAACCACACCCUCAUACUCUCGUAAAACAGACUUAUUUUCUCAUUCAACUACAUGAAAUAGCGACUUAAUUAAUCGAUAAUAGUAGUGCAUACCAAAAUCCCCGCAAGGUCAAAAAAUCACUAGACGAAAUAAUAUCGAUUCAUUCUGAAUAUACAACGUUCGAUGUUUAUUUGUUUUGAUGGAUCGAUACGGAAUAAUUCGGCUGGGUUACUUCGAUAGGUUUGAUGAGAAAAAAAUAUUUCUUCUUUUGCAUUUUUUCCUUAUAGUUUAGUUUUAAAAAUGUGGUCUAAAGGUUCUUUUUUCUCCUUUUGCUUUUUAACCCUCCUCCUUGUCGAAAAUGGAAAGUUAGCAGCUGCAUGCGGUUCCCCUACCUGUUACGAGUUUGUUUAACUGCCAUUUUCCUCGAAACAAACAAACAAACCGGUUUCUACCUAUGCAUUAUACACAAGACAAUGAUUCACUGCACUGUGAAAUCCAACUACCUGUGGUGAAUGUGUCCUAAAAAGGUCGUCACUGCCCCGUUUACACUUCUGCUGGCUGCCAGCAUGCUGGUGUCAGUGUACUGCCCUCUUAGGAAAAAAACGUUCAACGGUGGUC